GUUUGAAUUUACAACUUUAAAUUGGGAUUGUGAUGCUCAGGCAAAAUGAUUUUGCAGAUUUUUACCAGAGUAAUUUGUGCCAGAAAAAUUAUCGGUUGCCCAUUUCAAAAUAAAUUAGUUCUCAAAUGUUUAUCAUCAUCUGUCAGCUCUAAGUCCUUAGUAUUACCAGAAAAUGAACCUGGAUUGGACCUCCAAUCUGCUACUCAGCAACAAUCAGAAACACAAAUACAAAGUGAUACUUAUGUCCCAGCUCUGAGGGAAGAUGUUUUAAAUAAAUAUAUAAAGCCAAAAAAGAAUUAUCUACCACUUAUAAACUUUGCUGCAUAUGUCAACAAAAGCACCACUCUCCAGGAAUUCGUCAAACUUGGUGUCAACUUGCAUAUUAUUGAACUUACAAGAGGAGCACAAGAGCUAAUUUUGAAAUUGAAUUUUGACAGGGAUGUCAAGAAAUAUCUAACGUUUCUCCAUGAUGUUGGAGUUCCCGCUGAUGAGUUAGGAUCAUUUAUAACAAGGAAUCCUUUUAUUUUUAAAGAAGAUUUAGAUGAUUUACAAGUUCGUAUAAAUUACCUUGAAUCUAUGGCAUUUACCCCAGAAAAUAUUACAAGAAUUUUGACAAAAAAUCCUCGAUGGCUUUUGUUUAAGACUCAAAGUAUUGAUGAAAGACUGGGCUACUUUCAGUCCAAAUUUAAAUUGAUAGGUCCAGAAGUCAGACAUGUUGCUGUCAGGAUGCCAAAAAUUGUUACUUACAAGCAACGACACAUUGAGGAAAACUAUUUCGCUGUGAAAGAAGAAAUGGGUUUUGAAUCUGGAGAAGUAAAAGAACUCUUAUUACAAAAACCUAAAAUUUACACCAUAAACAGAAGUAAUCUCGUUGCAAGAUUCGACUAUUUGCAUAACACAAUGGGUAUCCCUCAUAGUCAAUUAAUUUCACAGCCAGGUACACUUCUUUGCCGACAAAGCAAGCUCAAAGAGAGGCACGAGUUCCUAAAAAGCAUUGGUAAAGACAUCUUUGAUCCUACCAAACCUGGAUAUAUCUCUCCACUAUCGGUAGUCGCUGGGACAGAUCAAUAUUUCUGUACCAAAGUUGCUAAAACAUCUGUUGAAACUUAUAACAGAUUUCUGAAGACAUUAUGUUAAUGUAUAAUGUAUAUAUUGUAAAUUUAU